CGUAAGUUUUGUUUGUUCUCUUGUAAAAUUUAUGAGAGUCGAUACAUAAGAAUUUUUCAUGUUAAAUUUCAAAAACACAUAAAACCCUACAUAUUAACUCAUCAAAGGAAUCCCACCGGUGGUUGUGAGAAUGCCCAAUCAAAAAUGGUGCACUUGUAGAUAAUACCUAGUAUUAAUUACUGAUCAAAACAAAACUAUUGACUUGGUCUGCUUCUGUGUCUGCUAAUCUAAGAACCUCAAACAGGUAAAUUCUGACUUCUCAGUUAGUAAAUCUUGGAUUUUUAUGCUUGGCCCACAAACUUCCAUGUAAUUUUUUUGGAUUCUCCUUCAAUUAAUGAGAUAUGAGGGACUUCAUUCUUGAUUUUGAGAACUUAGCAGAGGGCAUGUUUUGGUAUUUGUUUGAUGUGUUCGAUUUCCUUGCUGAUGAAUUUCUGGUUUUUGCCUUUUUGGUUGAAGACUUUCUUGCCCACUUUAUCUGCCAAAUCUGGAUUGCUUAGAUUCUGCUCUCCAAAAUUUUGAGCUUUUUACUAGUCCACUGUUAAUUUUGGAAGAUUUUUUAGCUGAGUCAAAAUUAUUAGAUUUUGUCUAUUGUCUAGAUGGAUCAAAUCCAAAAGGCAGUAUACUAUUGCUCUGUAUCAAAAGGGGGUCGAAUUCUGUAUUCUUAUAUUGGUGUAGGAGAUGAUGAGAUUGAGAACUUGGCUGUACUGUGCUUGGAAAAAACACCUCCUUAUCAUAAGUGGUAUUUUCAGACCAUGGCUAAAAAGACUUUUGGGUUUUUGAUGGAAGAGGGGUAUGUUUAUUUUGCUAUUACGGACGAGGGUCUUGGUAACGUUGAAGUUCUUCGGUUUCUAGAGCAAUUGAAGGACGAAUUCAGAAAGGUGGCUAGAAAGGGUUCUGGCCGGAGUAUGUCAAAUCUGAACUCACUUUGUGUACAAGAACAACUAGUUCCUGUUAUUCGACACUUGAUUACUUCGUUGGAGCAUGUAUCUGGAUGGCCAGCAGAUACUCCUCCACAGCACGGUGGCAACAAUGCCAAUGGACAAAUUGAGGGGAGUGGAUCUUCGACAAGAGCCCCAUUGUUGGCCAAGGCUAGUAGACAAGACAAAAAGAAAAUGAAGGAUCAUGCAAUUGCAAUGAGAGGUAUUGAGUUGGAGGAGCACCGGAAAUCUACUGAACGAGCUAAGGUUGAUUCAGGAGUUACUGAUUCGAAUAAUCAAGGUGCAGGAGUUCUUCCACCUCCUAUGGUACAAAAGGAGUUUGGCUUGGUGAGGACUAGAUCAGGCUCUCAAAACUUCCAUAGGAGGUGGUGCCGCCAAGUACGGAUUGUUCUUGCCAUUGAUGCUGCAGUAUGUGUUGUGCUAUUUGUGAUUUGGUUAGUUAUAUGUCAAGGUACAAAGUGCCUUCGCUGAGGUCAUUGUUCAAAGUUUUGAAACUACUCCAGCCACAUUAUUGAAGAAGAUGGAUAAUGAAUUUCACAGCUUCUAUGCGUAUGUCAGAGUAUAAAUUUCUUUGCACUUUAUAUAGGAACUUAUUGUACAGUGAUCUCUUGUUUAUGGAUAUAGGAUAUAGUGCGCUACAGCAUAUUCGGAGGUUCUUGUUUGGCUAAUAUAGUCCGUGCUUGCAGCUCCAACUUUCUUGCCUGAACCGAAAGUAGUGUGCUUCCUGUGAUUAUUUUGAAGCUUUUGUUUUUUCAGUUAGUGUUUUUGUAUAUUUAGAACUCCCUGCUUACGUGCACAAAACAUGUUUUUACCAUCUCCCUUGCCUUUCUGUCAUACAUACUCUGAAGUAAAAUACAACAUUUGUUUGCUCUGCCGUGCAAGCUG